AUGGCAAGAAAAAUGGCAACUGAAACCUGCCAAGAUACAGACGCCUUCACUGCUUGCCGUCUCAUUGCCCUUGAUAAAAAGCCAGGCUGCCGCCCUAUUGGUGUCGGUGAAGUACUAAGGCGAAUAGUAGGGAAGGCAAUCAUGGAGGUGACAAAAGACGAUAUUAAGGCUGCAGUAGAAAACUUGCAAGUUUGUGCUGGACAGAAGGCAGGAGGUGAGGCAGCAGUGCAUGCAAUGAGAACCAUAUACAGUGACCCUGACUGUGAUGCAGUGCUGUUGGUGGAUGCAACAAACGCUUUUAACAACAUAAACCGUCAAGCAGCAAUCCAUAAUAUCAGGAUUAAAUGCCCCAGUCUGGCGAUGUACAUAGAGAAUUUAUACAGAAAACCAGCCAAACAGUUUAUAUGCGACAGACACACAGGAAAUUCUGACACCAUUGAAUCUGCAGAGGGCACAACCCAAGGCGACCCAGUGGCAAUGGCUAUGUAUGCCAUUGGUCUAUUAAGAAUGCAGGACCAUAUAAGCCAUGAAAAAACGCAGGUGAAACAAGUGGCCUAUGCAGAUGACCUGGCAGGUGCAGGAAAAAUAAAUGACCUGAGGAAAUGGUGGGACCUGAUUCAACGACAUGGACCACAACAAGGCUACCAUCCCAAUGCCCAGAAAUCCAUAUUAAUUGUAAAACCCGGAAACGUUGAAAAAGCAAAAGAAUGUUUUGGAAACUUGGAGAUACAAAUUAAUGCAGAUGGAGAGAAGUAUCUUGGAGCUGUCCUAGGAACUGAACAAACAAAAGAAACUUUUGUGAAAUCCAGAGUAGAAGGAUGGAUAGGAGAGAUGAAACGGUUAGCUAAAAUCGCAAAAGAAGAACCACAUGCUGCUUAUACCGCAUUCACCUUUGGCUUAAAGCACAAGUGGAAAUAUCUGAUGAGAGCAGUACCAAACAUAAGACACCUCCUACAGCCCAUAGAAGACACCAUCAAGAGGGAUUUCAUCCCAGCCCUCUCAGGUGGGCGAAACCCUACAGAUCUAGAGAGGGCCAUCCUGGAGCUGCCGCCAAGAAUGGGAGGCAUGGGAAUCAUCAACCCAUGCAAAAUAUCAGACACGGAGCACCAGAACUCUGUUCGAUUAACAUCCCAUUUGACGCAACAUAUACUAUCAGAGGACCAGCAGAGAAGAAUGCAGAUGGCACAGGAAGUGGGGGCAUCCAACUGGCUCACGGCACUACCUAUUAAAGCCAAAGGUUUUAGCCUAAACAAACAGGAAUUUGUUGAUGCCUUGGCUUUAAGGUAUGGCUGGCAUAUGGAUGGACUUCCACAAUCCUGCUCAUGUGGCUCCCCCUUCAACACAAAUCACGCCAUGACUUGUAAGACGGGAGGAUUUGUCGUUAUACGGCAUGAUGAAGUCAGGGACCUCACUGCCCAAAUGCUCAGGGAAGUCUGCCAUGACGUGAGGGUGGAACCAGACCUUCUGCCGACUGGAGGAAGAAGCUUCACCCUGAGAUCGGUAAACACCGCAGAGGAUGCUCGCCUAGACAUCAGCGCCAGAGGAUUUUGGGCCCGAGGCCAGAGAGCAUUCUUCGAUGUAAGGAUCUUUAAUCCUAUGGCGCAGAGCAACAGGAACCAGGAUCUACAUGCUGCCCACGGAAGGCAUGAAAACGACAAGAUCCGAGAAUAUGGAGAACGAAUAGAAGAAGUGGAACAAGGGACUUUCACGCCCCUUGUAUUCACGACCACAGGAAGAAUGGCACCAAGGGCAAAGACCUUCUACGCUAUCCUGGCGCAGCAACUGAAUUUCAAGUUCCUAAUCAAUAGAUGCAUGGUGCUUAAUGAACACACACUCACAACUGCAGCAUCACCACGAUGA